CCAUGGCGGAGCUGAGCGGCGGCAGCGAGCCCGUGGCGGUGCCGGUGUGGCCGCCCGGGGAGAGCCCGCCGGGCUUCCAGUACAGCCCGGACAGCGUGGCCGGGGCAGACGGGGAGAUCGACCCCACCGAGAUCACCCUCGCGGGCUGUUCGUGCCGGAGCAGCUCCUGCGUGGCCGCCGAGUGCCCGUGCCUGCGCCGUGGGGACAACUACAGCGGGCCGUGCCUGCUGGGGGCAGAGCAGGAGGGCUUUGCCCGGCCCGUGUUUGAGUGCAACGCCCUGUGUGAGUGCGGUGAGUCGUGCCAGAACAGGCUGGUGCAGCGGGGGCUGCGGCUGCCCCUGCAGGUGUUCCUCACCCCCAGGAAGGGCUGGGGGGUCCGUGCUCUGCAGCCCGUCCCGCGGGGCAGCUUCGUCUGCGAGUACGCCGGGGAGGUGCUGGGCCCCGCCGAGGCUCGGAGGAGGAUCCGGGCCCAGGGCCCCCAGGACUCCAACUACAUCAUGGCACUGAGGGAGCACCUGCACGACGGGCGCGUCCUGGAGACCUUCGUGGACCCCACGCGCGUGGGGAACGUGGGCAGGUUCCUGAACCACUCCUGCGAGCCCAACCUCUUCAUGGUGCCCGUGCGGGUGGACUCCACGGUGCCCAGGCUGGCGCUGUUUGCAGCCAGGGACAUUCCUGCUGGGGAGGAGCUGUGCUACGAUUACUCUGGGAGGUUCCAUAAUUCAUCGGGAAGCAGCGGAGAACACAAACCUUUGGAGGAGGAUAACAGACUGAGAAAGCCCUGCUACUGCGGUGCCCCCAUGUGUGCUUCCUUCUUACCUUGGGACAGCUCCCUCUUCUCCACACCAGACAGUUCUCCGUAGCCUUUCAGCCUCAGGCUUGCCUAAAAGAUCGGGUUUUCUCCAAUAGUUAAAUUGCUGCUAAAUAAAACUCUGUGUUCCAACAAGGAAGCUCGUGUGGGUUUGAGUAGCAGCUGAAAGAGAAGGCUUUGAGAAUAAUUUCAUGCAACAACCCGGAGACUUUUCAAGGUGGACGAUACAAGGGAUUAUUGGAGCUUCAGGAUGGUCCAAAAUCAGUUACUAAGCCAGGCCUCGUGGUUUUGCCUUGACUUCCUCUGACAGAUUGGUGUCUAUUCAAGCAGCUCUCACUUUGAGAAAAUCUUUCAGAAAGAAUUUGUACCUUUAACACUUGUACAUGGAAAGGACGUGUGAUAACAGCAAGAAAAGCCACUGAAAACUGCACAAGAAAAUGGCACCAGGGAACUCUGACAUUUGCAAUAAAGGCAUUAGGUUUCUUAAAAC